AUGGUUGCACUGUCACAUGCCGGUAUAUUGGUUCUGAUAUGGAUAUCCAAUUUGGUUUCUCCUGAACACGAUAUUUUGCGACUACCUAUUGCGAGUGGAUUUUCACUUAAAGAAAGUAAAUCGCCAACGCUUGAAAGAGCUGCUGCAAAAGCUGAGGCCAAGCUUAGAGAUUUUGCAAAAAAAGAGAACGCCAUCAUCGUUGUCGAUGGUAACAACGUGAGAGGAAGCGCAAAAUUCCACUGGAAUCCAGUAGAAGUACAUGGACGUAUUUGUUCCUUCUGUCAAGGAAUCGGAAUAUCAAAAGUGGCUGUGGUUUGGGACCAUGGGAUCAAGAGAUUUGCGGCAUCAAUACCAACCAACGAAACGGUUGAACUUGACAUGGUUGUAGUAUUUUCGGGCUUAACACAGCGGGCAGAUAAUGUCAUGGUAAAGGAGUCCGCGCAUCUUGCGAAGUCAUUUUGUAAUGAGGACUGGGCAUCCCUUUGUUUUGUGACUAAUGAUAUGGGAUUACAAGGAAGAUUGAUUAAACGUGCGAAUGCAAACUCACCAAAGAUGACCUGUCCGCGGAGGCCACUAUUGAUGGGCUCGACCCGAUUUGUGGAGAUUCUGGAUUCCUACCAUAAUGAUGGAAGCUACGGUUGCGGUAUCGAUAAAGAGUCCUGUCGAGUAUACAAAGCUCAGAAAUCCUUUGAAAAAUUUGCAAAAUUACGAGAAGCAAAAUAUAACCCUUCGCGAGAAAAGACUUGGCAACGAUGUGUCCUGGGAGAGGAAUUACGUCGUUCAUAUUUAUGCAGCUACCAAGAUACUGAAUUUUCCAAUAUAUUCUCAAGUAGUUACAUCCGAGAUCUCGAAGAGCGUGGCUACUUGAAUCCUUCGGUGGACGACAUUGAGGAAGGUUUAGCGAUUCGUGGGCCCCCUAGACUUGACAAGCGGCAGUGGGGCAUGUUGAUACACUACAAUCAGUUCAUGCAACAGAUGUAG